AUGAGACCGCUAUUCAUGUCCCUUUUCACUGCCCGCGAUUGUGGAGAAACGUCCAACACUCACGGGCAGAAACCGCAUCAAGGUUGUCGAGGUUACGAGGGUAAGGAAGUUGACAAGUUUGAGGAAGUUGAGGACGUUAAUGAGGCUGACGAAGUUGAUGAGGAUAACAAAGUUAAUGACGUUAACGUAGUUUACAAGAUUGAUGCUGGUAAAGAAGUUGACCAGGUUAAUAAGGCUGACGAAGUUGACGAGGCUCUUAAGGUUGACGAAGUUGAACAGGUUGAAGAGCCACACGAAUUUGAUAUGGUUAAACAAGUUGGCGAGGUUAACGAAGUUGACGAGGCUGAUAAAAUUGAUGAGGUAAACGAAAUUGACAGGCUUUAUAAGGUAGACGAAGUUGAACAGGUUGAAGAGCCUGACGAAGUUGAUGAGCUUAAUGAGGUGAAAAAAGUUGAUGAGGUCAACGAGUUUGACGAAGCUGACGUCGUUCUUAAUGAGAUGACGAAGUUGACGAGAUUAACAAAGUUGAUGGUUAACGAGGCUGACGAAAUUGACGAGGUUAACGAGUUUAACGAAGUUGAUGACGUUAAUGAUACUGAGGAACUUGACGAGGUUAACAAAGUUGACGAGGUUAAUGAAGUUAAGAAAGUUGACGAAGUUAAUGAGGAAGAAGAUGGAUUUCAGAAAGCAAAUGAAUACUUUGCCACAUUUUAUGCCUCACUCUCAUGA